UCCCAGAAAAAGCCCAGGGAACCGGUCAGAUUCUUCAUUCCCCUGAUGGAAGAAGAGAAAGAGGAGGCAAAGAAAGCCAACACCAGUUUUGGUGAUUUCUUGUCUGACCACCAGACGCUUACAGGGGGUGACAUUGUGGAGACUCCUGCCCCUCUACAAACCACACCCCCAAUGGAGACUGAGCCAAACAACACUCCUGAGCCUGCUCCUGUUGAGGUCCAGCCUUCAGAGCCUCAUCCCUCUGCCUCUCCUAGUAACCCAAAAGAGAGGAAGAAGUACAAUCGGGAAUUCCUGCUGCGUUUACGCUUCGUCAGUGCCAGCAUGCGCAGACCCGAGGGUUUUCCGGACAUCCCCGGGGUUGUUCUGGACAAGCAGUGUGAGCUUAAAAAGCCAAACAAGAUCACCACCAGCGUGUCUCUGAACGAGGACGUGCAACUGGACAAGGCUGAGAAAGCCUGGAAGCCGGCGAUGAAGAAGUCCCGAGGCGAUGAGGAUGACCAGGAAAUGGUCAAGACCCAUGAACGCUGAAAAACAAUUACUUAGCUACAUGCUAACUAGCCAUCUAGCUAAUCUUUGCUAACACUCCUCGGCUUGACUUAGUAAACUUUAGCAAACGUUAAGUAAACAUUGGGACUUUUAUGAAAAGCUGAUGUUAACAUAUCUGAAAACAUCAACACUGUUUUCUUCUUCCCUGCUCGUUUCAUUGGAGUCUGCCAUUUUGUCCGCUAGCUUUAGCAUACUGAUUGUGUACGUAAAGCGAUUAGCUGAACAGAAGUUGUUCAGAACAGAAGCUGCAGGUGAGGAUUCCUUCGAGCUGCACUCGGUGGAUGUGGAGCUGGAGGCCGUGGAGAAGCAGAUCCGCGACCUUCAGGUGAAGCUACCCCAGCUGCGACAGCGGAGAGACGCUCACCUGUCCCAGGUACCCGCGAUCCUCACCAAGAACAUCGGAGCUGUGGUCCUCCAUGCUGGCACGAAUGACAUCAGGCUGAGGCAGACGGAGAUCCUGAAGAAGGACUUCAAGAACCUGGUGGAGAAGGUUCGCACCACAUCGCCCCCGACGAGGAUCAUCGUGUCAGGACCACUUCCCACGUUCCAGCGAGGAAUCGAAAGUUUCAGUAGGCUUUUCGCAUUUAAUGAAUGGUUACAGUCUUGGUGUCAAGAACAGAAUAUACCAUUUGUUGAUAACUGGAAUAUUUUCUGGGAGCUUCCUAGGCUCUACCGUUACGAUGGCCUUCACCCAAGCAGAGUUGGAGCAGCAGUCCUCUUGGACAACAUCUCCAGGACACUGCGCACCAUCUGACUGGUAAGUCAUACCUCAGAUCACAAUUAUAAUAUCUACUGUUCAACUCACCAGACUAAUACAAGUUCACACAUAGCUCGUCAUAUAGAAACUGUCUGUUCCCCGAUUAGUGAGAUUAAAAGAUAAAUUCGUUAAUAACUCUCGAAAUAAUCUUAUCACAAUUAAACCUGAAAAAGACCAAAUGGGUAAAGAAAAACAAUUUCUUAAGUUUGGGCUUCUCAACAUUAGAUCCCUUGCACCGAAAGCACUUAUUAUUAAUGAAAUGAUCUCAGAUUAUAGUUUCAACGCACUUGAAACCUGGCUUAGACCAAAUGAAUACAUUGGCCUAAAUGAGUCUACUCUGUCAGGAUAUUCCUAUAAGCAUGAGCCCCGUCAGACAGGUGGUGGUGUUGCAACGAUCUAUAAUAAUUCUCUUACCAUUACUCAGAAAACAGGACCCAGGUUUAACUCACUUGAAGUGCUUGUCCUUAAUGUUGCACUCACUGACAUACAUAAAAAUUCCCUACUAUCUCUUGCUCUGGCCACCGUGUAAAGACCCCCAGGGCCCUACGGUGUUUUUCUUAAUGAGUUUUCACAUUUACUCUCAGAUCUUUUGAUCAGUUUUGACAGUGUUAAUUGUAGGAGACUUUAACAUUCAUGUAGAUGAUGCUAACGAUGCGUUAGGACUCUAUUUAUAGAUUUACUAAAUUCCUUUGGGGUUAAACAAAACAUUAAUAGACCAACUCAUCGAUUUAAUCAUACACUAGACUUAGUUAUAUCACAUGGGACUGAUGUUACUGAUAUAGCCGUUCUACCUCAAAGCAAUGACAUCACAGACCAUCACCUCUUAGUGUACACUCUACCUGUAGAACAUAUUAGACACGUCUCUCCACGUUAUCAACUCGGUAGAACUAUAACUCCGACCACUAAAGACAGAUUUACAAACAAUCUGCCAGAUCUGUCUCAACUUCUUACUAGACCCCGAAAUGCAGAUGCACUAGAUGAAGUAACCAACAGCAUAGGCACUAUUUUUACCAGCACACUAGACACUGUUGCCCCCAUCUGACUAAAAAAGGUCAGAGAUAAAACACCUGCACCAUGGUACAAUAGUCAUACUCACGCCCUCAAGAGAGCAAACUGUAAAGCGAAAGUGGAGAAAAACCAAAUUAGAAGUUUAUAGUUGGCCAGACUGUCUUUUAUACGCAAUUCUAAAGACAGGCUCUAACAGCUUCUAGGGCUGAGCAUCUGAGCAAUCUGAUUGAAAUAAACCAGAACAAUCCCAGAUUCUUAUUUAGUUCAGUAGCUAAACUAACAAAGCAUCAGAUUUCUGGAGAGAGUAUUUCAGCACAGUUUAGUAGUGAGGACUUUAUGUAUUUCUUCACUAAAAAAAUUGAUGGUAUCAGGAACAAAAUAUUGGAUGUUCAACCUUUGACGGCAUCUGGUGGUCCAGACCACCCUAUAGCUCCACACUUAAAGCUACAAUGCUUUACCAGCAUAGGGCAGGAAGAGCUAGUUAAGCUUAUCACCACGGCUAAACCAACAACUUGUUUGUUGGAUCCAAUUCCAAUUAGAUUGCUGAAAGAAGUGAUACAUGCAGCUAGAAAGCCUCUUCUCAAUAUUAUUAACUCUUCAUUAUUUCUAGGUCAUGUCCCAAAAUCUCUCGUUAGCAGUUAAGCCUCUUCUUAAGAAACCGAAACUAGACCCUGAUGAAAUAUCAAAUUACAGACCGAUUUCAAAGCUUCUGUUUAUAUCAAAAAUACUAGAAAAGGUGGUGUCAGCUCAAUUAUGCUACUUCCUACAGGAAAACAACAUCCUUGAAGAAUUUGUCAGGUUUUAGACCCCAUCAUAGUACAGAAACUACACUAGUUAAAAUCACAAAUGACUUGCUUUUAGCUUCGGACCAAGGCUGCAUCUCAAUUUUAGUCCUGCUUGAUCUUAGUGCUGCAUUCGACACUAUAGAUCAUAAUAUCCUCAUAGAUCGCUUACAAAAUCACAUAGGCAUGCAGGGACAGGCAUUAAAAUGGUUCAGAUCCUACCUGUCUGAUCAAUACCACUUUGUAGAUUUAAAUGGAGAACUGUCCAGUGUAGUGCCAGUGAAAUACGGGGUCCCACAAGGGUCAGUUUUAGGACCUCUGCUUUCUCAGUAUACAUGCUUCCAUUGGGUGACAUCAUUAGAAGGCAAGGAAUUAGUUUCCAUUGUUAUGCCGAUGAUACCCAGGUAUAUAUCUCAUCAAAACCAGAUGAAAUAUCUAAUUUGUCUAGAUUAACUGAGUGUGUUAAAGAUAUUAAAGAUUGGAUGACUGAUAAUUUCCUAUUAUUAAAUUCUGACAAGACAGAGAUUACUUAUUGGCCCAAAAACUAGUACACAGAAGCUCUCAGAAUUCAGCUUGCGUCUAGAAGGAUGUACUAUUACUACUAGCUCGGCAGUGAAAGACCUGGGUGUAAUAUUAGACAGCAACUUGUCCUUUGAAAAUCAUAUUUCCAAUAUCACAAAAACAGCCUUCUUCCAUCUUAGAAAUAUUGCCAAGCUUAGGAACAUUUUAUCUGUAUCUGAUGCAGAAAAACUAGUUCAUGCAUUCAUGACCUCCAGACUGGACUACUGUAAUGCAUUACUAGGUGGUUGUCCUGCAUCUUCAAUAAACAGGCUACAGUUAGUACAGAAUGCAGCCGCCAGAGUUCUUACCAGAUCAAGAAAAUUUGAUCAUAUAACACCAAUAUUAUCAUCCCUGCACUGGCUACCUGUUAAGUUUAGAAUUGACUAUAAAUUAGCUCUACUCACGUACAAGGCUCUAAAUGGUUUAGCUCCCAGAUAUCUCUCCAGUCUUCCAACACUCUACAAUCCACCACGCUCUUUAAGAUCACAAAAUUCCGGACUUCUGGUAGUUCCCAGAAUAUCAAAGCCCACAAAAGGGGGUAGAGCAUUUUCGUAUUUAGCUCCAAAACUUUGGAAUAGUCUUCCUGACAGUGUUCGGGGUUCAGACACAGACUCUCAGUUUAAACAUAAACUAAAGACUUAUCUCUAUAGCCCAGCAUACAUCUAACACUUCCCAUAACCUCGUGCUCCAGUACAUCUGAUUAAAUGCACAUUCAUUUAGUACUGCUAAUAUUAUGAACAGCAGCUAUGCUAAUGCUGUUCCAUUGUUUCCCUUCUUCUACCCAUCCCGAGGCACACAGAGACUCCAGUGGCAUCCGGAGAUGGACCAGCUCCAGCCGGGUUCUGCUUGUGAGGAUUGGGAUAUUCAAGCAGCGCCAUGGACAACAACCUUCUUAUUAAUUUACAUAACACUAUACACAUGCUGUAUCGGCAUCACACAAUUGUCACCCAAAUGAGGAUGGGUUCCCUUUUGAGUCUGGUUCCUCUCAAGGUUUCUUCCUCAUACCAUCUAAGGGAGUUUUUCCUUGCCACAGUCGCCUCAGUCACCUCAGGCUUGCUCACUUGGGAUAACAUCUAGGACUGUCUGUCUGUUUGUUGUUUUCUUAUGUCGUUUCUCAUGUAAAGCUGCGUUGAGACAAUGCUCUUUGUUAAAAGCGCUAUACAAAUAAAAUUGAAUUGAAUUUCCUACAGACUAUAAAUGUGUGAAUAUCUGUCAUUAUGGUUCAUUUCCAUAACACUGAAUGUUUUAAUAAAGAGUUGGUUAAUGCUUUAAACUUCA